AUGGGUGUCGCAAAGAAGACGAGGAAGUUUGCGCAGGUCAAGCGAAUUAUUGGCAAGAGAGAUGCUAGGUUGAAGGAAAACAAGGACAAGGGGGACAUUGGCAAUGCCAAAAAGAAGGCUGAGGCCUUCCCAGAGGAGGUCCGGGAGAUACCCCAAAUGCCGUCGUCAAUGUUCUUCCAGGCCAACCAAGCCCUCGUGGCCCCUUACAACGUCCUGGUUCGGGCCAAGCUUCCUCUCCUAGAGACCAUGAUGGACUGCCUGUAUGCCUCUUGCAUCCCCAUCAUUACAGACUGCGUAAUGUCUGAGCUCGAGAAGCUCGGGCCGAAAUAUCGUAUUGCGCUCCAGAUUGCUCGCGAUGAGAGAUGGACUCGCGAGCCGUGUACCCACAAGGGGACCUAUGCAGAUGACUGCAUCGUCGACCGUGUCAUGAAGAACAGAAUCUACCUUGUUGCGACCAACGACAAGGACCUGUGCAGGAGGAUACGAAAGAUCCCGGGGUGUCCCAUUAUGCAAGUUGCUCGCGGGAAGAUUCAGAUCUGGGAGGCAAUGUCUCGCCGACAGCAAUACGCGGUCAUGGGGGGCUCAGGAUACGGCAUCUCCGAUCCCGGCCCAGCCACAUCGGGUUCAGGCUCCGCCUCCGGGUCCGCCUCAGGUCCCGGCUCCUCGUUCUCUGCCCCACAACCACCAGCGCCCCAGCAGCAGCCCCAGCGAAAGCGGACCCGCCCGCCCCUCUCGUGCAAGCCCUGCCGCGCCUCCAAGCAGAGGUGCGACCGCGCCCGGCCCUGCGGCCAGUGCGUCCGGAAGACGCGGGCCCAGGGCUGCGUUUACGCGGAGCCCCGCGGCCCGGAGAAGGUGCGCCCCGCUUCCAGCGGCUUGGCCGACCGGCUGAAGAGGCUCGAGGGCAUGGUGAGGGAUAUGAUGGGCAGGGAAGGCGGAGACCGGCCGAGUGCAGAAGAGGGCGAGUUCUCCCGGGGAUGGGGUCAGGUCGUCGUCGUUGGGGGUAAGGGUGGGAAGACGACGACGUAUGUGGGUGCUACUCAUUUCAUGGCUAUGUUGGAUGAUAUCGAAGAUUUAAAGAGUUACUUCGACAAUGAGGAACCAGUGGGCGCCGACCCGGAUCCUGAUCCAUAUAACCAAUCGCCCGACAUAUUCAUGGUGCCAACUGCCGUACCCAGGAGCCGGCAGGAGCUUCUUGGCUAUUUGCCUCUGAGGCCUGUUGUUGAUCGUCUGACCAUGCGUUACUUCAACGCGUACAGUCCGUCUCAGCAUACCAUUCAUCGCCCGACUUUUGUGAAACAGUACGCAGAGUUCUGGGAGAAUCCCGAUGGACUUCCACUGGACUGGAUUGCUCUGCUUUUCAUGAUUCUGGCAUUAGGGACCUUCUUGUCGACCUUUACGGCGCCACAUGAGAUAGAGAAUGAUUCCGAUGGCCUUCCAAUGGAGCGCUUUCAGCAAUAUCGGAGGGUGGCUGGGUGGGCGCUGGUGUCCGCAAAAUACACCUGCCCAGGCCCAAUGACGCUGCAGCCCUUCCUCCUGUAUGUCGAGGCCGAGUUCCUCACUAACCAGUCCUCGCAUAUGAACUGCUACUUGUUAUCAUCGGUCUGUAUCCGCUUGAUGCUGAAAAUGGGGCUGCACCGGGACCCAAGCCGGCUGCCAAACAUCUCUCCCUUCGAUGGCGAGAUGCGGAGGAGAAUAUGGAACCUUGCCAUCCAGUUCGAUCUGAUCGUUUCAUUCCACAUGGGCCUUCCAAGCAUGGUCAACGUUAUCGAAAGCGACACAGGCCUACCGAGGAACCUGGUUGACGAAGACCUGGAUGGGGACUGCUUUGAGCUUCCGCCAUCGAGGCCGGACAGCGAGUACACUCAACUGACUUACCCCAUCUGGAAGAGUAGUAUCUCCCGGAUCUUCGGGCUUGUGGCGAGCCAAGCCCACUCUUUGUCACUGCCAACAUACAACGAAGUCAUGAAGCUCGACCACAUGCUCGAGGAGAAGUGGAAGCAGGUUCCACCGUUCAUGAAGGUCAAGCCGCUUGAGGAUUCCAUCACAGCCCCUCCCUAUCAGGUCAAUCAGCGGUUUGGGCUAGGUUCCUUAUAUCAAAAGACCCGCUGCGUGUUGCAUAGGCGGUACUUGAUGGAGACACCCCCCAAUAAAGAACAUGAAUACUCGAGGCGGGCAUGUCUCGACGCUGGCCUGCAUAUGCUCCAAGACCAGGCCACCGUUUAUCAGGCUACCCUCCCUGGUGGUUUGCUGAGGCAGAACGGGUGGUUCAUCACACCAUUGGCGGUCUACGACUUUCUCCUGGCAGCCAUGAUUAUCUACCUCAUCAUCCAAAAUGAAGCGUAUUCUGACUGGAUGGGCCAGGAGAGCCCCUUACCUAGCAAGGACGAACUGCAUGACGUGCUUAGGAGAUCUCACGCUAUAUGGGUGGCAGUUUCCAAGGACGCGCCCGUGGCUAAAAAGGCGGCGGAUAUCCUGGGGACAAUGCUGAAGAAACUCGGCGUUCUCCACGGGCCGCGCAUCACGAAGAGCACCGAUGGGCAAAGGCAUCCCAGCUCUGAUCUAGCCGACGACAACACCAACCUCGAGACCGACCCAAGUCUCGGCCCUGGUUCAAUGUCGCAUCUGUCAAUACAUGUUAUGGACACUCCAUGGUUACCAUUGGAAAGCGCUGUGAUGGAUUGGGACACGUUUGACGAAGCAAUCCGUCCCGACACGAACCCGGAAUCCCAAGUGGCAGACGAGUGGAUGCAGCGAAGGGCAUCUCUGAGCGACCUCGACUUCAUGGCAGCAGGCUCCUGGGAAGGACAGGAUGGUUCCUUUCAGGAGCAAUGA